CCCGCGGGACCUUUCUAGAGUGUCUGGGACUAGCGGAGCUUCGCGGGAGCUGAGAUUUUAAGGAGAACCCUCGGCACCGCCCACCCGCCGCACGUGUUACAAUUCUUAUUUUCUAUCAGAAUUCGUCGUGCUGGUGUAUGACCACGUUUAACCUUUGUUACAUUUCGAUUCAGAAUCAUGCCCGUGACAUAGUGUUAAACUUUAAAAUGGAAACUUAAAAACUGGAGGAAUGCCACUGUAAGACCACUUUGCAGAGUGGAUUUUGGCAUUUGGGACAGAGCCUGGGCAAUCUCUCGCUCUCUUGGCCUGUCCACUGGCUACCAGGUGUUUGCUUUGUGGAGACUAGAUGGACAGAUUCCUGGUGAAGGGGGCUGUCAGGGGCCUUAUGGGAAAGAGGGAGCAAGGGCAGACCGGAGGAGGCCCAGCAGGGUCGGCAAAAGACGAGGAGACCAGCAGGAAAAAGCCCAGGAGAGCAGCCCUGGGGAAUGGAGUCCACUCGGCAGGCCUCAGCUGGAGGCACAUUGGAGCCGAGGGCCUGGACUGCGAUUACACAGUCCUGUUUGGCAAAGCCGAAGCAGAUGAGAUUUUCCAAGAGUUGGAGAAAGAAGUGGAAUAUUUCACAGGUGCGCUGGCCAGGGUCCAGGUGUUUGGGAAGUGGCACAAUGUCCCAAGGAAGCAGGCGACGUACGGUGACGCUGGGCUGACCUACACCUUUUCAGGCCUUACUCUGUCUCCAAAGCCCUGGGUCCCCGUCCUAGAGCGCAUCCGGGAUCGCAUUUCUGCAGUGACUGGACAGACCUUCAACUUCGUGCUUGUGAACAGGUACAAAGACGGCCAUGACCACAUUGGUGAGCACAGAGAUGAUGAGAGAGAACUGGCUCCUGGGAGCCCCAUCGCCUCUGUCUCCUUUGGGGCUUGCAGAGACUUCUUCUUCCGGCAUAAGGAUUCCCGGGGGAAGCACCCCUCCCGGAGGCUGGGGGUGGUCAGGCUCCAGCUGGCCCAUGGAAGCUUACUUAUGAUGAACCACCCAACCAACACUCACUGGUACCACAGUCUCCCCGUCCGAAAGAAGAUUCUGGCUCCCCGGGUCAACCUGACAUUUCGGAAAAUCCUGCCUAUUACGAAGUAAAAACGUUUUUAACAGCUAGUACUUCUGUUAGCUCCUUCCUUCUCUACUCCAAGAGGGAGCUGGCAUUUCCUUUACCAAGAGGGAACAUGGAAAAGGUUUAACCCAAGCGCAGGGCUUCUUACAUACAGUGCUGAACUCAGGAAGAGGACGUUUGUAUCGAGUUGGUGAAUUAUGAAAGAAUACCAGUUGAUGUUUUUCCUAACAAAACGAUUCUUUUAUUGCUAUAAUACACAGCAGAUACAAAAGGUACCUUCAGCAAAAACAUAAAUCAGCAGUUAUUACGGCAUAAACUAUGAGUUUAACUUAGGUUUUUGCAAAAAGAAGCGACUUUGUAAAUAACUUAAAGCUAGAAGUAAGAGUAUUUGGCUGCUACUUAAUGCCUAACGAUUUACAAAAAAUGAGAAAGUCGCCUUUAAAUCAGGGGAAGAGACUUUGCACGGAGAUCAUUCACAUUUACAACCGUGGCUCAAUCCCUCCGACCAAAGAUCUGCUUACAACUGAACGCUAAAAGGAUGAGCCCCGUUCAUGCCCGGCGUCUCUCUCUAAUGGCAGAUUGCAAAGCGUAAGCAGCGGCAGAGCAGCAGCUGCUCAGAGCUACAACUUUGCCAGGCAGGUUAAGGUCACGUGAUUGAGCAUUUGUUUCCCCCAGACGCGGGUACCACGGGGACGUGCCUUUCGCCGUCAAAGCCGGGGUCUGUAAGGGACGUCUGCCGUGAACAGACCAGAAGCUUUGUGCGGCUGCUUUGUCCCUGAGGUGCGUGGCCUGGAGAACUUCACAGUCCGUUCUGUCAAUAGCGAGAGUUCCGAGUCCUCAGGAUCACCUGGGCCUCUAGCGCUUUCAGCUGACACCAAGGCCUUGUCUGGAAGUGUCUGCCAGCUGGUCCCCACCAGGGGAAGCACAGCCCUCAGCCUGG